GGCGUCUACCGGUCUGUCCAUCUGUCCAGGCAGCCCCAGAGCCUCCCCAACUCCAGCCAUGGCCUCCCCUGUGGGGCCCCUCCAGGCCUUCCUGCAGUGCCGGGUGUGCCCUAAUCCUGGGCUGCUCGAAAAGGAGUUCCAGGAGAUCAAGGAGCGGGCCUGGGCCUUCCGGCAGCAAGCAGGAUACAGCACAGAUGCCGGCGCUGCACGGGACAACAUCAAAAAGAACCGCUACAAGGACAUUCUGCCCUAUGACCAGACGCGGGUGGUGCUGACGCUGCGGACAGAGGAGGGGCAGGGCGACUACAUCAACGCCAACUUCAUCAAGGGGGCUGGGACCCAGAGGUGCUACAUUGCUACACAGGGGCCACUACCUCACACCCUGCUGGACUUCUGGAGGAUGGUGUGGCAGUACCGGGUGAAGGUGAUCAUCAUGGCCUGCCGGGAGGUGGAGAUGGGCCGGAAAAAGUGUGAGCGCUACUGGCCUCUGGAGAAUGAGCCACUGCAGCUGGGGCCCUUCUGCAUCACCCAGACCCAGGAGCAGCAGUUGAAACCAGACAUCAUGACUCGGUUCCUCUGCAUCACCUUCCAGAAGGAGUCGCGGAGGGUGACGCAUGCGCAGUACCUGGCGUGGCCUGACCGCGGCAUCCCCGACAGCUGCGGCCCGCUACUGGCGCUGGUGGAGCGCAUGCGCAGUGAGCAGGGCGCGGACCCCUCCCCGCUCUGCGUCCACUGCAGCGCGGGCUGCGGCCGGACCGGGGUGAUCUGCGCGGCGGAACUGGUUCGAGACCUGCUGGUGCAACGGAGAAUCCCCCCGAAUUUCAGCCUCUUCGACCUGGUCCUGGAGAUACGGAAGCAGCGCCCGGCGGCCGUGCAGACCCUGCAGCACACAUGUCCACCCGUGCAGGAGCAGUACGAAUUCCUGCACCGCACCGUGGCAGAGAUGUUCCAGGGAGCGCUGGCUGAUGACAUGACUGGCUAUGAGAACCUCAAGGAGAACCGCCUGCCACUGUACGACGACGCUGUGGCCAUUCGGCACCCCCCAGCUCCACCCCGCAUCCACGUGCUCCGGAGCAUCUCGGUGCCAGCUGAACCAUCGCCCCCUGAGCAGCCACCCAAGAUGAAUGACACCUAUGCUGUGGUCAAUAAGGUGCGGGGGCGUGGGGCAGCCCCUGCCCGCCCACCCCCAGCCCUAGAGUCCAGUGCCUUCCAGGCCAGCUGCUCCUUGCCAGGCAGCCCGGUGCGACGGUCCAGCCCCGCCCCCGAGUAUGCCCAGCUCAGCCCCCUUCCUGCUGCAGGCGACUCCAGCCCUCGUGGCUGUCCCUCCCCAGCGCGUGGAGCCCCACCAUCGCAUGGCCUCAACCCCCUGGGCUUCAACUCAUCUCCUGCAUGGAGGGGCUUUAACUUCCGUGUGGGGAAGCCAAGGGGGCCACGGCCACCCCCUGCUGAAUGGACCCGGCUGUGAGGGGGCCAGGA